UCCUAAAUCCCUGCACUGUCCCUCUGCAAUGGUGCUCCCAGGAGUUCUCUUUAAGAUGGUGGACUGGUUUCUCUACCAGUUACUGGCCAACUCCUAUUACAGAGCAGCUACAAAGAUCAGAAGCUUCUGUUUCCAGAACAAGACGACAACCACCAAGCCAAUCCCCACAAACCAGGCUGCAUCUUACCCAUCUGUAAGCAAGUGUCCCUUAGAUUGCAGGGCGACCCACACUGUCGUCUGCGAUGUCAAUGGCUGCCUUCUGAGGUCUCCUUCUUUCUUCCCCUUCUUCAUGCUGGUUGCCUUUGAAGGAGGCAGCAUCCCCAGAGCCUUUGUGCUCCUCCUCGUUUACCCUCUGCUGUGCCUGCUGAACCAUGACCUGGCGUUGAGGAUCAUGGUCUUCAUCUCCUUCUGUGGCCUCAAACUGAAGGAUGCCCAGACCUUGGCGAGGGCCGUCCUGCCAAAGUUCUUCUUGGAAAACCUCCACCUGCAAGCCUAUGAAGUGCUGGCUUCCUGCAAGAGGAGGGUGGUGGUGACCAGCGUGCCUAGAGUCAUGGUGGAAGGCUUCCUUAAGGAGUACCUGAACGUGGACGUUGUGGUCGGAAGCGAGCUCCCGAUGGUGGCCGGAGGCCGCUUCACCGGCCUCCUCUCUGCUGCUUCUCCGCCGGUCAGAAGCAAGGUGCUGAAGCAGGUCUUGGGAGAUGCCAAGCCUGAUGUUGGCCUCAUCAGAAGCAGAAAUAAUGUUGAAGAGCAGCAUUUCUUGUCUCUUUGCAAGGAGGUUUACGUCGUUUACGGGGAAGACAGCACCGAAAGGAACAAUGGUUCCUCGUCUGUGAUGCCGAGAGAGAAGUAUCCCAAGCCUCUCGUCUUCCAUGACGGGAGGCUGGCCUUUCUCCCUACGCCAAUGGCGUCCUUCACCUUGUUCGCAUGGCUUCCUUUUGGCAUCCUGCUGGCCAUUCUGAGAAUGGUAUUGGCAGUCAUUUUACCCAUAAGUAUGUCCAGGAUAGCAGGAGCCAUGAGCGGCAUUAAGGUGAGAGUCAAGGGCCUGGAAAGGUUACAGAACACGAGCUGUGAUCAUGGUGGAGAAAGAAGCGGAGUUCUCUACGUCUGCACGCACAGGACGCUUCUGGACCCGGUGGUUCUCAGCAGUGCGCUGAGGAAGCCGCUGACUGCAGUGACCUACAGUCUGAGCAGGACCUCAGAGGUGCUGUCGCCGAUCAAGACGGUGCGGCUCACGAGGAAGCGAGAGCAAGACGGGGAGACGAUGAAGAAGCUGCUCAGGCAAGGCGACCUGGUGGUCUGCCCGGAGGGCACCACCUGCCGAGAACCUUACCUCCUCAGGUUCAGCCCCCUCUUCGCGGAGCUCGCCGAGGACAUGGUUCCGGUGGCCGUGAACGUCUCCGUGGGGAUGUUCUACGGCACGACGGCCAGCGGGCUUAAGUGCCUGGACCCGAUCUUCUUCCUCAUGAACCCGUUCCCGACGUACGAUUUGGAGUUCAUGGGGAGGGUGCCGAGGGAGUGGACGUGCUCCGGCGGGAAGUCUAGUUGGGAGGUGGCGAACCGAAUACAGAAGCAGCUCGCCGAUGCACUGGGCUUUGAGUGCACCAACCUCACUAGAAGAGACAAAUACAUGAUGUUGGCCGGAAACGAAGGAUCAGUAUCUCAGAACAGGUGAAGAAGAAAACUAGAUAGAGAGUUUUCACUGCUCAAAAAAUUCAAAUCUGCUACUGUUAUUAGCUUAAGAUUAAGGUGAUUGAUUUGUAGCAUGUAUUAUUGCUAUUUUGGUAAAAAUCCGUGGUUGAAUCUUCUUCCAUUCCAUUGUGAAAGGAAGAAGGAAGACUGUGAUUGAAUUGAAUUAUGGCAGAUGCUACUACCAACCAUGGUAUAAAUGUGGUUGUGGCGUUAGGGCGACUGAGAUCUCCAUUAAUGCAUGGGUUCAUUUAA